AUGACGACGCGAAGAUCUGCGGGUCCCCUUUCGCUUUUCGUCAGGAGAUCGCGAAGUCUCUCUCGACCGUCUCUCUGCCUCUUUAUCGCGUUAUUCUCUUUCUGCUAUGCAGCCAUUGGCGGCUGUUCUCUUGCUCUGCGGUGUUCUCCAGCUGUUCGUACACCCCCUGUCGACUCGCUGUCUGCGUGCGUUUCGUCUUCCUCUCUGUCUCCCUCCGCCGCCCCCGGGGGACUGUCGUCGCCUGUUGCCGUCCGGUGUUCGGCGUCUUCUCGGGCGCUCUGCUCCGCUUCCGCUCCUCGACGCAGUUCGGCGCUUUGCUGUUCCCAUCCACAUGACGGCGGAACGGAGAACGCGAAAGAACCUCGCACCCGGGAUCUGCAUGCGCUCCUGCUCCAGGCCGCAGCCGUCGAAGACUCAAAAGUUCUUUUACUACUGGAGUCCGCUGCCCGACUCUACGCUAACCCCGAGAGCUCGAGGCGGCUGAGAGAGAGAAACCGCGGGAGACGGCGAGAAAGCCGGAUAAAACAGGGAAGAACAGGACGGCCCGAUGGAAACGAGAGGAGGCGAGCUGAGCAAAGCGACCGUGCACUUCGUGCGAGAGACACGCAUUUCGAAGAUGCGUUCCACCCCGAGAACGCGGUCUUAGGUCUCAGCCCCGGCGACGGACACGAAGUCGAGAGGCCACGCGUGGAGAACGAGACUCGGACAGGGGGAAAAGGAAACGCGACGUCCACGGACUCGGCGCCAGAGCUUCCUAAGGGGUUUCUGCCUUUGCUCUUUUCGAGAAAUGCACGGUUCGCAAACACUGGAGUCCCAACCGUUUUCCGGCCGCUCCCUCCCUUCCUCUCAUUGAGACGAGAUCGGGGACGCGCUGGCAGAGAGGACACCGAGGGAAAGCGAGACGAUGCGAGAGAAGACGACUGCGAGGGAGAGACAGAAGGCGCUGGCGAUGAGGACGUCCCUCCGUUUCUUCACCGUCUGCCACCCGACGCGCUGCAGAAGCAGCUUCGAGAACGGCGCAAGUGGAAGCCGCCUUCAGCCGUUCGAGCUCUCCUUGAAAACCCUCGCGUCGACCAAACCGGAAACGAACCGAAUGCGUCGUUCUCUGUCCAUUCGUCCUCGGGAUCCUCUCCGUCUUCUUUCGCUUCCUCCUGUCCGUCUCACGCUUUCUCUCCAGCGUGCGAUGCCUCGGCUGUGGUCGCCUCUUCAGUUUCUUCUUCCUCGCCAGAGUUGCCAGGAGCGGCUAGCAGCCUUGCGUCUGCAGCGUCGGAGGACAGGCCGUCUGGGAGGAUCCGAGGUCGGCGCGGUGUUGGUCCGCGCGUCAUUGAGGCGACGGCGAUUCUCGCGCGGGUCGUAAAAUGCGAAAGUUGCAGCAGAGGCGACUCUUCGCAGGAACGAUGGCAUGCCUUCCCCGCCUCCGGCGUUUUUAUUCACCCCUCUGGGAUCCUCGUCACCAACUUCCACGUCCUCGAUUCCUCACAGGACCGAGCAGACGCAGACGGAGAACAAGAGGGAACAGCAGAACCAGAAGGAGAAAGAGAAAGAGAAGAACGAGAAGAAGAAGAACAAGAGGAAGAAGCACGCGGAGGCAAGGAGAGUGGAGCGCAAGUAGUAGAAAAGUCCCAGGACACAAGUGGGAAGAUGGACCAGAGGAGAGGCGGCGGAGAGACAGAAAGAUGGGGAGGGGCGUUUGACAAGGCCCGUGGAGGCGCGGAUCGCCGUGGAACGGCACGCCAGAAGAGCCGACAUCGGAAGAGAAGCUUCACACAGAGAGAAGAAAUGUUCAUUGUCAUGGAUCGCCGUGGGCGCUGCUGGCCAGUUCAGGAAGUUCUCGCUGCGGAUGAGGAAACGGAUUUAGCCCUCCUCAAGGUCGACUGGGAUGGCCUCGUCGAUGGCGCGUCACUGUCUCCCAGCGCCCUGCCUCUUUUCUCUCCUUCCGUUCUGACAGACGUCUCUGCUCGCUCCCCGUCUUCGCCCUCUCCGUCGCUGGGCUCCUACGGCAGGCCUCGCAGCGGCCAGCUGUCUCCCGGCCUUUCACGCUCGCCGUCGACAGCCCGCGAGGGACCGGAGGAUACAGUGUCGCUCCCGUUUUCUCGAGAGGUCCAGGCACCCUCAGACGGCGCACACGGCGACGCUCGAAUCACACCAGACCGGGCGAGGCACAGGCUCGCCGGCGACGAAGAAGCGAGGACCGACAGAGGCAUCAGCGACAGGAGAGACGAAGACCGCUACUGGUCAGGAAGCAGGGGAGACAGGGAGGUCGCGUGGAUUCCGAUCGCGCGACUCCCCGCGUCAGAGGGGACCGGCGUUGUGGUUUCGAGUCACCCGUCAGGGCGGUUCUUUUCCCUCUCGUCCGGCAUCGUCUCGCGCUAUUUUGUCUCCGGCCGCUCCGGGGGAGACCGAGGCGGGCACGGGCAAGCGCCGCAGACCCCGCGAGCGCAUGCAGCCCUGCCGAGAGUAGGUAAGAAGAGCCCCGGCGGGGAAGGCGCGUCGAAUCCCUCAGUGUGCGCGUUUUGUGCUGCGCUGCGAGAACGACCGGGGGCGCAGGCAGAGUUGCAAGACCGAGCCGAAAGACGGAACGACGCACGUCGUAGGGGGGAAAAUGGAGAGGACGGGAAGCGGCGGAGAGGGAGCGAAGGCAACCGAAAGAGAAAUGCAAGUGUUGAAACUGGGGCAGAAGGACAAGAAGCGAGAAGACACUGCAUGUUUGUUACAGGAGUCUUUCGAUUCGGAUCCACCACACACGCAGCUUCUCGCUUCGCGCUGUUCCUCCGUCAUUGUUGUGGUUUUCUCUCUGCAAGACUCGCUUCUCCUCGCUCGCGUUUCGUCACAGCCUGGAUCUGCUCUCGCCCUCCUUUUACAACGGUUACGCCGUGUGGUUUCCACUCCCGGGUGCCUUUUGGUUUGCUCUGUCUCGGUCCCGUCUUGCCCUGUCUCCGUUUUCAUGGCUUCACGUCUUUGUUUGUCCCUCUCGUCUCGUGCUUCGUCGCUCGGCUUCUCUGGAUCUUUCUCGGCAUGCGGUGGCGCCUCUCUCUGUCUGUUUCAGUGCUUGCAGUGACUGCAGACUUCGCACGAGGCUCCAGCGGGGCGCCAGUGAGCGACGCGGCCACGGGCGAGCUCCUGGGCAUUGCCCAAAGCACGUCUUCGUUGUAUUGCGGCCCAGGGUCCGAGGCUCCGCAUGGAGUGGACCAAGGAAAAGGGAAACGGCGAAAGCUGUCAUCUGGUUUACCUGCGUCGUGGCCAGCCCCAUCGGCCUCGCAGGAAGCGGCGGAAAACGCGACAGCCAAUCAGAGUUCGGCGGCGUUUGCGGAUGCGCCGCGAGAUCAUGCAGGCUCGUGGACGGGGACGAGACGCUUAGGAAACAGCGACAAAGCCGAGAGAGAGGAGAAUGGAGAACUCGGAGAGCCAGUGGCAUGUGGAUACGAGGGAGAAGGACGUAGACAACGAGACGGGGGGAGAGGUCGCCACGGAGCGAGACAAGACGCGGAGACCAGAGAAAAGAAGAGACACGAAGGGCGACGAAGUGGCCAAGCAGGAUGUGAGAGUCGGACGCUUCAAAUGGUCGUGAAGACAUGCAUCCCUAGUCUCUAUAUCUUCGAUUUGCUGGAGGAUUCAUGA